AUGGAACCGGAACCAACCACUACCGCCCUCCUUGAGGCUAUCAGCGCCCUUGCCAACCAAGUCGGGUCCUUGCAGGCCCAAAUUAAAUCACAAGGCAAGCAAAUCUCACAGCUCACCGCCUUAUGCAAGGAAACCAAUGACCUUGUUGGUGACAAAGACCAGGGCGGAGCCCAAACCAAGCCUGGCCCAUUGACUGGGCCUGUCACCCCUCCUACCCACUCAGGGGGGAAGCCCACACUCCAGGCAUGGGGAACAGGCUUUGACUCAGAGGACAAAGAACCAAGGCUCCCCAAAAAGGAGCCUCAAGGAAUGCCUAGAAGGCACCUGGGAUCUCUCACCCCCUUUGAUUCAGGGUCCAGUGUAAAAAGGCCCAAGAUGGACCUUCCCGACCCCUAUAAGGGUGACACCAGGGGACAAAAAGCCACCCAGUGGCUUGAUCAAAUGAUGCUAUGGGUAGCUCUCCAUUGUGAUCAAUUUGACAAGGAAGAGCAGAUGGUGGUGUGGAUUCUAUACCACAUGACAGACAAGGCCGCCGACUGGGCUCUCCCCAUCAUUGGAAAUAUCAUCAAGGGCAAGGGUAACCCUCCCACCACUAUCCAGGCCCUAACGGCCAAAUUCAAGGAGGCCUUUGCCAACCCCAACGCCAAACGGGCCGCCGCCAGAAAAAUUGCGGCUCUCUCCCAAUCUUCCACCACCUCCAAGUACGUCACAGAGUUCCGCAACCUCAUGGCGGAACUAGACUGGAACAAGGAGGCUUACAUUGCGCAGUUCACGCAAGGCCUCCACUGGAAGAACGAGGAGAACCGCCCGAAAAAGGCUCCUGCCAAGUCCCCGGCUACCAUAGCCACCUCCACAACCACCACAAGGGUCCGUCUAUCAGAAGACCCAAACUAUGUCACCCCGGAGGAACGGGACCGCCGCCGCGCGUCUGGCCUUUGUGUCAAGUGCGGCCAAAAGGGGCACGGCAUCAAACAAUGCCCCAAUGGCUGGAAAGCCACAAUUAAGGAGGUAGCCAAGCCCCCGACUCAAAAAACGGACAAUAUAGUAGAUAGCGUUGAAUUUGUAAAUCUUGGUCUAGACUCAAAUAAAAAACCGCUUCUUUUUAUUGAUCUAUAUAUCCAAAAUAUCCCGGCAGAACCCCUUAGAACCCUCAUCAACUCAGGAGCCACAUCAAACUUCAUCUCCCCCUCAAUUGUGGAAAAAUACAAAAUCCCAAAAACCCAACUCAAAAACCCACAAGUUGUGAGAAUGUUAGAUGGUACUAUAUCCCAGACUGGUUGCAUUUGGCACCAGGUUCACCUCACGGUAUUGGCCAACAGCCACCCCCACUCCAUUCCCUUUCUUGUCUGCCCCAUUGGCAACACCCCAGCAAUCCUUGGCAUGACUUGGUUAACAACAGAAGCCCCCCUUAUCAACUGGCAACAGGGACUGAUCACCUUCCCUGAACAAGCACAGAUUGCCUCUGAGGAAGAAGCAGACCUAGAUCCUUUGGCAGACCUUCCUCCUCAGUACCAUGAAUUUGCUAAAGUCUUUGGCAAGGAAGAAUUCAAGGUCCUCCCUCCACAUAGGGAGUAUGAUAUAUCCAUAGACCUUGUCCCAGAUGCCAAACUAUCCCCAGGACCCUUAUAUGGCAUGACUGAUGCUGAAUCCAAGGCGCUCAAGCAGCACAUUGACAAAGAAUUAGCAACGGGCAAGAUCCGCCCCAGCACUUCUUCCACUGGCGCCCCAGUCAUGUUUGUUAAGAAAGCAGACAGAUCUCUUAGGCUGGUUGUGGAUUACCGGAAACUCAAUGACGUAACCCACAAAAAUGUAUAUCCACUCCCAAGACAGGACAACCUCAUGGCAAAGCUGAGACAUGCUAAAAUAUUCACAAAGCUUGAUCUAUGCUGGGGUUAUAACAACGUCUGGAUUAAGGAAGGAGACAAAUGGAAGACGGCUUUUAGAACAAAGUACGGACUAUUUGAAUACCUGGUGAUGCCCUUCGGCCUUACCAAUGCCCCCGCCGCCUUCCAACACUUCAUGAACAACCUGUUUAGGGACCUCAUUGACGUCACUGUGGUUAUCUACUUGGACAACAUCCUGAUCUUCUCAGAAGACCCUAAGGACCACCCAACCCAUGUCAGGGAAGUCCUAUCACAGUUAAUGAGGAAUCAGUUGUUCUGUAAACUCUCCAAGUGCCACUUCCAUGUCACCACGGUGGAUUACUUGGGUAUUGUCAUUUCCCCGGCAGGCUUUUCCAUGGAUCAGAAGAAGAUUGAGGCGGUCACGUCAUGGCCAACCCCCAAAACAGUCAAGCAGGUCCAAGCCUUCCUAGGAUUUGUCAACUACCUCCGCCAAUUCAUCCCCAACUUCAGUUCAGUAGCACGUCCCCUUCACAACCUUACCAGAAAGGAAACCCCCUGGUCAUGGGGCAACCUAGAGGAAGCAGCAUUUCAGGAAUUGAAGAUUCUUGUCACCAAGUUGCCGGUUCUCAUCCAUUCCAACCCAGGGCUCCCCUAUUACCUUGAGACAGACGCCUCAGGGGUUGCCAUGGGAGCCAUCCUUAGUCAGCGGGGCCCAGAUAACCGACUACACCCAAUUGCGUAUAUGUCCAAAUUGUUCUCAGGGGCAGAAGGAAACUACAACACUCACAACAAGGAACUCCUGGCCAUCAUCAAGGCCUUGGAGGAAUGGCGUAUUUUCCUGGAAGCUACGGACAAACCGGUUCAGGUAUUUACAGACCACCGCAACCUUGAGUACUGGAUGCAGGCAAGGACAUUCAAUCGACGGCAUGCUAGAUGGCGUGUAUUCCUGAGCAAUUUCAAUUUUGAAAUACAUUAUUGCCCAGGGAAGCAAUCAGGGAAGCCGGAUGCCUUGUCCAGACAAUCGGACUAUGUUGACAACCCCCAAGAACCAGAAGUCAUGCUACCACCAGAGGUUUUUGCAAAUACAGCAGAAGAGGAAUUAGAAAUUGUCACGGAUAUUUGCGCCAAGCUCAAGGAAGAUCCAUCACUGGAACCAAUUAUAAAAUUCCUUACUGAGGAUGCAGACAACGCGCCCCCUUCAAUUAGGAAGGCCUAUAGGGACUAUGAUUGGGAAGAAGAUUUGCUAUGGUACCGUGGGAAACUGGUGGUUCCGGACUCAGAACCCCUGAAAGAACGACUCUUGAGGGAAUUCCACAACUCCCCACUGGUAGGACAUCCAGGCCAACAAAGGACGCUUGAACUUAUCAGCAGGAGCUAUUGGUGGCCCGGAAUGAAAUCCUCUGCUAAAGAAUGGGUCAAAUGCUGUCCAGUUUGUCAAGCCAACCGACGCGCGCACGCCCCAGCUAUCUCCCUGAAACCCUUAGAAGUUCCCCCUUAUCCUUUCCACACCAUAUCCUAUGACUUCAUCACAGGUUUCCCCAAAUCCCAGGGACACAACGCCAUACUGGUUGUAAUCGAUUCCUUUUCAAAAUUUGGCCAUUUCAUUCCCACCUCAAAAAAGGUCACAUUGAAGGGUCUAGCGGACUUAUUUGUCAACCACGUCUGGAAGUUACAUGGGCUACCCAUAAAAACCGUCUCUGAUAGAGGUACCACGUUCACCGGGAAGUUCCUCAGGGCACUAUACCAACAACUUGGAAUUAAGCCCGCCUUCUCAUUGGCCUAUCACCCGGAAUCAGAUGGUCAAACAGAAAGGGUCAACCAGUUCAUAGAGUUCUACCUCAGAUUGUAUGUGGCUGCAGAUCACUCAGAUUGGGCCACAUGGUUGCCGCUGGCUGAAUAUGCAUAUAACAACGCCAAGCAUUCUGCCACAGGGAAAACCCCUUUUGAACUAGUUUAUGGAAGAAACCCGGUAAUGAACCCAUCCAACGUCCCAGCAAACGUCCCAGAAGCAGACCUUGUAGCGGACACCCUUGCACAGGAAUGGAAGGAAGCAGAAUCCGCUUUAAGGAUGACAAAGGAAAGAAUGGCAGGAGUAAAAGGCACAACCCCAGAAUACACUAUUGGGGAAAAACGCCUAGGACCUUUUGAAGUCACCAAGAAGAUCUCAAGCCACGCAUACCGCCUAAAGCUCCCUGAAUCACUGAAGAUCCAUGAUGUCUUUUACGUAGGGCUACUUUCCAAAAGCCAUGAAUCACCAAACCAGCCAUUCCUGGAACGCCCCCCUCCUGAAACAAUAAGAGGAGAGGAAGAAUACAAGGUGGAACAGAUCAUAGAUUCCAAGAGGCAACAAGGAAAGUGGUUCUACCUAAUCAAAUGGAAAGGGUACGGGCCAGAAGACAACUCUUGGGAACCAGAGGACCUACUGGAACACAGUCAAGAGGAAAUCCGUUGCUUCAACAAGUCACAACUGAAAAAGGCUUGUGACUCCGCCAAGAGCCUUUAA